AAGAAGCGGAUAAGAAAAAGAGAAGCAAAAGAGAAACGAAGUAGACACUAGUUUCAGAAAUGGUGGCCGUGAAUCAACACUGAACACUUUCUCUCUCUCUCUCUCUAUUUAUAUUAAUGGCGGUUGCAGCACUAUCCAGCUUCACUUCGCCGUUAUCCUCUUCCACCGUUAAAUUCCGUUACUCCUUCUACUCAAAUUCUUCGUUCUUCCUUAAACCCCUUCACUGCCACUGCAAGAUCUCACCUUCCAAUCCUCAACCUCAUCAUAGACAUAAUCAUCGAGAAGAAGUUGUAGGGAAGAAGAAGAAGCCAAGGGAAUGUAAAGAGGAAAGGUCUGGUAAAGGGAGUGUGGUUGGACCCCAAACAGCUGCUUAUAAGUCCUUUGGCAUUUCUAAGAAAGAUAAGGAGUCAUUGAUAUUUGACUCCAAGGAUCAACAGGUUGAACCAAAUAACAUACAAGACUCUGCUUUCCUUAAUGCUGUUGUGAAGGUUUACUGCACCCAUACUGCUCCAGAUUACUCACUUCCUUGGCAAAAACAGCGACAAUACGCAAGUACUGGAAGUGCAUUUAUGAUUGGAGGUAGGAAACUAAUAACCAAUGCACAUUGUGUGGAACAUGAUACACAGGUUAAAGUCAAGAGAAGAGGGGAUGAUACAAAAUACGUGGCUAAGGUUUUAGCCAGAGGUGUUGAUUGUGAUAUAGCUUUGCUUUCAGUAGAAAGUGAUGAAUUCUGGAGAGAUGUGGAACCUCUCAGAUUAGGACGAUUGCCGCAUCUUCAGGAUUCUGUUACUGUGGUGGGAUAUCCACUUGGAGGAGACACAAUUUCAGUGACAAAGGGAGUUGUAUCUCGCAUUGAGGUCACAUCAUAUGCUCAUGGAUCGUCUGAUUUGUUGGGUAUUCAAAUUGAUGCUGCAAUAAAUCCUGGCAACAGCGGAGGCCCAGCAUUCAAUGACCAAGGGGAGUGCAUUGGUGUGGCAUUUCAGGUCUACAGAUCUGAAGAAGCCGAGAAUAUUGGUUAUGUCAUUCCAUCAACAGUUGUUUCCCAUUUUCUGACUGACUAUGAAAAGAAUGGCAGAUACACCGGUUUCCCAUGCCUUGGUGUACUAAUACAGAAGCUGGAGAAUCCUGCACUACGAGCAUGUCUAAAAGUACAGUCUAAUGAGGGUGUGUUGGUACGCAGAGUUGAGCCAACUUCUGAUGCAAAUAAUGUAUUAAAAGAGGGUGAUGUUAUUGUCAGCUUUGAUGAUGUUCGUGUUGGUUGUGAGGGAACUGUUCCAUUCCGAUCAAAUGAACGAAUUGCGUUUCACUUCCUCAUUAGUCAAAAAUUUGCAGGUGAUACUGCAGAGCUUGGUAUCAUCAGAGCAGGGGAAUUUAUGAAAACCAAAAUUGUUUUGAAUCCACGAGUUCACUUGGUUCCUUUCCACAUUGAUGGAGGUCAGCCUUCCUAUCUAAUAAUCGCCGGUUUAGUAUUCACACCCCUCUCAGAACCAUUGAUAGAGGAAGAAUGUGAAGACAAUUGGGGGCUGAAGUUAUUGGCGAAAGCGCGCUAUUCAUUGGCAAGAUUUAAAGGUGAACAACUAGUAAUCCUUUCACAGGUCUUAGCAAAUGAAGUCAACAUUGGUUAUGAAGAUAUGGGCAAUCAACAGGUUUUGAAAUUCAACGGAACUCGUAUUAAAAACAUUCAUCACCUAGCACACCUCGUUGAUUCAUGCAAGGACAAGUAUCUAUGUUUCGAAUUCGAAGAUAGCUAUGUUGCUGUUUUGGAUAGGGAGGCUGUUGCUGCAGCUUCAUCCUCCAUUCUUACAGAUUAUGGUAUUCCAUUGGAAAGAUCUUCUGAUCUUUCGAAACCAUACGUGGAUACGCCAGAAGGCGACCAACCGUCUGGCAAGGAAUACAGCGAUAGUCCAGUUUCAAAUUACGAAAUCGGUUUUGAUGGACUUCUCUGGGCGUAAAAUUUUUGCAACUUAAUGGAUAUACUUGAAAGCAAACUUUUCACAAAUUUUUGGGUAGCAAGAAGUGCAGCAACAGUGUCAUUCAUCAAAUCUUGAUGUGAAUCAUAAGAAUGGUUUUAUGCUACCCUUGGAGCAUUCCAUAAGCAUUAAUCCUCCUUCCUUCCCCGUUCUAUUAUUAUUAGAUUUUUGUUGUUAGAAAAUGGAUAGGAAAGUGAGUUCAUGAUAUUUAUAAUUUUCUUUUUUUAAAUUCUUAUUGUAACUUUAUUUUUUUAUAUGAGUAAACCUGAAAGAAUGGCAUCAGGUUUGAUCUCAAAAUUUUCACUUGCAUUAUGUAUUUUUAGAGAAUAGUGCACAUAGGAGUGGCUCUUACAUAAGCCUUUGAUGCAAUCAUGUAACAUUUUUAUAACACAAACCAUAGUUACUAAUGCCCGUUUUAAUUGGGCUUCAGAUGUGGGAAAUUUUGUUUCUAUUCCUA